AUGUGGCGAGGAGAAUUUCAACGAACUCGACGUCGAAUACGACGAACCUUUUUGGUGCCAGCACUGGCUACCUUGGCUGCUUGCUUCGGCCUGGUUGCUGUUUCGGUGUCUACCUACCGAGAAAUGAGCAUCGUUCCAAUAGCCCACCGUCGAGUAGCUCGAGCAGCUAGUUAUGCUGAAUGUUUGCGAAGAAAGCUAGCCGCAAACGAAUCCUCAGAGCAAUUUCCGCCUGAUCUUUUCACCUUGGAACAACGAAGGCAUGGUGCUAUAAUUCUUCACCUCGGCGGACUAGUCUAUAUGUUCGUGGCAUUGGCAGUCGUAUGCGAUGAAUUUUUCGUGCCGAGCUUGGCUGUCCUUAUAGAAGUGCUUGGCAUUUCCGAAGACGUAGCUGGUGCCACUUUCAUGGCCGCCGGUGGAUCUGCACCUGAAUUUUUCACUUCGGUAUUUGGUGUGUUUGUGGCUCAGAACAACGUUGGUAUCGGUACCAUCGUAGGCAGUGCAACUUUCAACAUCUUAUGUGUUCUUGCUUUCUGUACCUUGUUCUCCCGAGAAGUCCUUCAUCUAACAUGGUGGCCAUUGUUCAGGGAUAUGACAUUCUACAUAAUCGCUUUGCUAUUCUUAGUGAUAUUCUUCUCUGAUGAGAAGAUAUCGUGGCAUGAAGCGCUCACUAUGUUCUUGAUCUAUAUCAUUUACGGAAUAUUCAUGAAAUAUAACACACAGGUGGAGAUGACUGUGAAGGCGUUUUUGAAAGGGAAUAGGACAUCGCAAAUGAAUUCCAUUGCAUCACCGUCUGACGUUGGUCCACAAUACAAUCGCGAACAUCGUAGAUCCAUCCCUAUGAUCCAUGGUGGAACACAACUGAGAAACGGACUUGCUCAAAUGGCAAUUGGAAGUGACGAUGAAGAGAGUGAAACAACACCCAAUGAAAAUGGCAAUGUGACUCAGGUGCAGACCAUAAAUGUGAAACCCGCUAGCGAAAAGAUGUUCGUGAAGACCAACAACCGCACGAUCACUACCGUUAGCGCGGCCGUGGAUGGACAUGGCAACAAGGUUACACCAAUAGAGAAUCCGACACCAAAGCCGCAGAGAACUGUCCAGAAUGGCAGUGGACAGCAGCAACCAUCAAAUGGACUACCUCUGCCACCACCUGACAAACAAUCGAUGACUACGGGAGACGAACAGCCUUUGGACCUCUCAUGGCCAGAAACUCAUCUCAAACGGUUUAUCUUCGUACUUUUGGCACCGAUCACAUUUCCGCUAGCUCUUACACUGCCCGAUGUGCGGAAGCCAUCAUGGCGUUCGUGGUUCAUUGUGACUUUCGUGGGAUCAGUUCUGUGGAUCGCGCUCUACUCAUAUUUAAUGGUUUGGUGGGCUAACACUAUUGGAGAAACCUUCGCUAUACCCACAGAGAUCAUGGGGCUUACUAUACUUGCUGCUGGUACCAGUAUACCUGACUUAAUCACAAGUGUGAUUGUUGCUCGCAAAGGUCUGGGGGAUAUGGCUGUAUCAAGCUCUAUUGGUAGCAAUCUUUUUGAUAUCUGCGUAGGGUUGCCAAUCCCAUGGUUGCUAUACUUUAUCGUUGCACUAUUUCGGUGGAGCAGUGGCUCAUUCCCUACUGUGGCAGUGAUCUCAAAUGGAUUGAUCUGCAGUGUGGGGAUGUUGUUUUUGAUGUUGGUCUUCCUGGUAUUUGCCAUUGCCAUGUCUCGGUGGCGCAUGGAUAAAAUAUUUGGUUUUGUGAUGAUUAUCGCCUAUGUAGCAUUCUGCAUAUUCAGCGUCUUCCUCGAAACUGGUCAAAUAGUUUGCCCAUUACGGAUAUCUGAAGCUUGUUGA